CUGCCUGGGCAGAAUCCUAACGUGCUCCAGGGGGUCCUGCUUGAGCCGGUGUAUUGGACUAGAUGACCCCAUCGGUGGUCCUUCCCAGGCUUACCCACCCAGUAAUUCAGUGAUUUAAAAGUAUGACCGGAACAAUGCUUUAAGAAAUACUAAAACGAAGUUAGCCCCGGCAUGGCUGAUGCCUUAAUUAAAUUUUAAAGGCAGGCCUUUAUCACCAAAGGGUAGUACAGACUUCAACGAGCAUCAAUGCAGACCUCAACACGCACUGCAGAAAUUACUGCGUGUGUUGCUGAGGCUGCACAUGGCGAAUACCGUGCUAGGACGGACCCGGUGGGAGAGAAACGCCCGACCAGACUGAAAAGCCUGAGACAAAGAGGGUUUGGGAGAAGAUCAGGACCACGGUGGGGUCGCGGCUCGCAGCUAAGGAUUCCUUGGCUUUGUGCAUUGCAUGACAUACUAAGGAGAGAAGAUGCAUCUAGACAAGAUACAAUUCUGGCCUGUUCUGCACUGAAGAAGAUGUACAGGCGUGUGUUAAUUAGUGGAGCAUCUGCAACUGAAAGCAACCAGCCACAGCAACCAGGAGAAAACGCAGCACUGAAGAUCCUCUUUGUUCAUUUGGAUGGACCUAAGGACAUCAUUGCUGGCCGCCUGGAGAAGCGGAGAGGUCAUUUUAUGCCACCUGAACUUCUCAAGUCUCAGUUUGAUACUCUGGAGCCACCUAGUGCACCAGAAAACUUCAUUACUUUCAGUCUAGAAAAAUCUCUCCCUGAAAUAGUGCUAGAGAUUGAGAGUGCCAUUCUUCGGGGUGAGGUUUUGCUGGAGUGAUUUUCUGAAUGACACAUAUAGAAAUUCCCCGAAGGAUAUCAAGGCUAUGAGACAGGAUUUUAAUUAUUAAAUUGAUUAAUUGAUUAUUAAAUCAAACCAACUUAUUUUUAAGAGCUGGUUUACUACUCUGUUUUUUUUUAUCAUGGCUCUGUAAAAGACAUAUAAGAUGUAAUUUGCAAAAACUGUUAACUUUUUAAACCCUUCACUCUAUGAAGUUAAAAUUCUCAUUUUAGUAAGAGCCUGCUUUUGAAAAUCCUGCCAAGGGUCACACAGAAUAAUUUAUUUUCUUAAUUUUAAUAUGUACCCUGUCCAACAUUGAGAUGGGCACGUCUGCUACUACAAGGUUAAAUAAUCUACAGCUUUGUUAAAAACAAUAUCAUUUUUCUAGAAGAGGCAGAAAUAUACAUGAUGAAGUUCCGUAUCUGACACUACCCCAUCUCACUGCCAGAUUGUCGUCAAGUUCUGUGUUUGUGUCCUUGUUGACCUCAUCAGAGCACUGAUGACUUCAUAAGAACUUUUCUGAACUCUUACUGUAUGCAUUGACCACCAAGCUGAAAAAUGUGUGAAAAGAAAGGUAGUGGUGGUGAUGCAAUAUACAAAACUUGAUUGAAUGGAAAGUUUUAGAAAUAAAGCAUCAUUCUGGCUCUGAA